AUGGAUAGAGAUUACUCGGCACCGAACUUCUUAGGUGAAUCUUCAGGCGAUAAUGACGAUAACAACUCCCGUAUGAUAGACUAUAUGUUCAAAAAAAACCUUCAACAGCAAAAGCAAUCGAUGCCACAGCAGCAUCAACUGUCUCCUUCAGGCUUUGGCGCAACACCUACUUUUGAUAAAAUGAGCUUCGCAGACGUGAUGCAGUUUGCGGACUUUAGUCCGAAACUGGCGUUGAACCAGACCAAAAAACAAGACGAUCAAGAAAUCGGGAUGGACCCGGUUUGUUUCUUGAAGUUUCCAGUCUUGAAUGAUAAGAUAGAGGACCAUAACCAAACCCAUAAUCUCAUGUCUCAAGAAGGAGGUGAGUGUGAAGGAAACAUAGGCAACGUAUUUCUUGAAGAAAAGGAGAAUCAAGACGAGGAAAACGUUAACAACUCGGUGCAACUCCGUUUUAUUGGAGGAGAAGAAGGAGAAGAAGGAGAUAGAGAGAAGGAAAAUGAUACGACAAAGGAGGUGAAGAGCAAGAGGAAGAGAGCAAGAACAAGCAAGACUAGCGAAGAAGUAGAAAGCCAACGAAUGACUCAUAUCGCGGUCGAGAGGAACCGUAGAAAGCAAAUGAACGAGCAUCUUCGUGUCCUCAGGUCUCUUAUGCCUGGAUCCUACGUUCAACGGGGAGAUCAAGCAUCGAUCAUAGGUGGAGCAAUAGAGUUUGUGAGAGAGCUGGAGCAACUCCUACAAUGUCUGGAGUCACAAAAGCGUCGGAGAAUCCUCGGAGAAACCGGUAAUAGGCAAACUGGGGACAUUACCACGACAAUGACUUCUUCUUCACCAAUAGAAGGUGGAGGAGGAGGGCUCCGGGAAGAAACAGCGGAGAACAAGUCGUGCUUGGCUGAUGUGGAGGUGAAGCUGCUAGGGUUUGACGCUAUGAUCAAGAUACUUUCAAGAAGAAGACCAGGACAACUGAUUAAGACUAUUGCUGGUUUGGAGGAUCUUCAUCUCUCUAUCCUUCACACUAACAUCACUUCAAUGGAACAAACUGUCCUCUACUCCUUCAGUGUCAAGGCAAUUUCAAUCAUUGGCUGGAUGAUUGCUUAG